UUCAACAUGGCGGAGUCCGUUAUUGAAGAAGAACACUUAUUCUCGCAAUGAAUACGACAAUUGAGUCAAAACAUGGUGUUCGGCGAGCAGCAAGGGAAUUGUUUUUCAACAAUCUCUUGCUGCUGGGGUUUGAAGCAACCAGAGAAGAAGCCAAGCACAGGAUCCCCUUCACAAGUGAAAUGUUUGCAUUGCCAAAUAAGAAGGGAUUUGAAGUUGUUACACAUUUCUUGUUUGAGAAACUUAACCCGGCAAUGGCUGCAGAACAAUUCAGAGAUUGUUGGCCAGUCGCUGAUAAGAAACAAGAACAACAAUUUCGUAAAACUGUCAGUAACUGGAUUCAGCACAUUGCCAAGGAGUGUCCCGAGGCUAAUCUCCCAAGAAUUGUACCUUCCAUGUUUUUAUCUCCUGGAGGUGAUAAAUUCUAUAAUCUUUUAAUGCAUUUUAGUACAUUUGUAUGUAUGAAAUUAAUCACAGAUGAACAUGGUAUGAAGCCACGACAGUUUCUUCAGCGUCCCAAACUUAUGCCGUCAUACAGCCACCUUGGUAUUCCAAUAGUUAAAAGUCUACAUUGUGGUGCCAUCAGACAUCGCAAGAAAUUUUUAGAAAAACUGCAAUCUUCUGCUGUCCUGCAGAAAGAGUGGCAGGAAGUCUCCAAUGAUUUUGUUAAAAAUCACAGAGUGCUGAAGAAACAGAUUCGUGAAUUGGACAGGAAAGUGGAAGAUAUGCGACAGAAGAAUCAUGAAUUGAACCAUAAAGCCGGCAGUCCAGUACCAAUGAGGAGAAGAUCAGGUGGAAGGUUUGAAGGAGAGAUGGAAGUAGAAGCAAUUAAAAGAGCACAGAGAAUUCAAAAGGUGAGGGAGUUGUGGAAUAGUAUUGAAGACUUCCAUGGCAAUCAUUCCCAUCACAGAGAAGUAUUAGAUUCGGUUCUUAAUGGUUUGGCUAAUAAGCACAUGAUAGAUGCCAGCGAUAUCAUUAUCCAACGUAACAUUGGUAACACUUAUGAAGGAGGAAAACUGAAUUUACUGACUAUAUUACAUCUCUACAAUUUGUCUUUACAUUUGUAUAUAGAAAAACUACAGCAAACUGUGAUGCCACAAUUUAAAGAGUUGAAUCCCAAAAUUGCCACGGAAUUUCACAUUCAUCAUGCACAUCUUGUGAAUACACAAGCUUUGAAAUCUAAACUUGCCUUUGAGAUGAUACCUGAAUUGAAGGAAUCAAUAGAUACAAUAAUAGCUGAAUUGGAUGAUGAAUCAACUGCUCGGGAUCAAAAACCAGAUGAUAGCUUAUCUGGAGGGCUACAGUUAAUACCUCCAACACCUCCAUCAUCAUAUGAAUUGAGACCAAAUUCUGAUAUAGAAACACCACCACAUCUGAGAGCAGCUUGGAGUAUGUCGAGAGGCUCCCCUAUGCCUGAUACUCCAGAGGCAGUUGCCCGUUUAGAUGAGACGAUGACUAGGAUUGCUAUGAGAAGAGUGGGACUCGUACAAGGUACACCAACUAGUACAAGAAAAGAAAUAAGAGAUCAACUGAAAGGUGAUUCAAGACCUUCAAAGAAAUCAGAAAUCCCACGACCCAUUGUGGUACCUACAAUGGAGAAGACCAUGUUAUCAGAUUCAAUGAUGACAGAAGCUUCCUAUAUGAGUAAUGGUGCUGCCUCUUUUUCAAAAUACAGUGAGCCCUCAACACGACAUCACAUCACAGCAUCCACGUUGGCCCAUCAGCCAAGAGCAGUCAGGAUGGGAGAGCAGCCAAGAGCUGGUUUGUCACAUCAGCCAAGACUUUCUGGACCAGCUCAUCAAAAAAGAGCAUCUGGUCUAAUCUCACAUGAAAAAAGUGCAUCCAGAGCUACACAGCCCCAACGAAAUAGUUCUAGUAAAACGUCUGUGCGACAAGAGACUCAUCAUGUAUCAUUUGAUAAUAGUAUGCUUCAACAUGAAACCACUCCUAAGGCAUAUGAUUUGUUGGCAGAACAGAUUGCUGAUGCCCUUGUUGGAAACACCCCAGAUGAUGAAAAAACUCCUCCACUUGCUGUUGUGGAUCCCCUUAAAUCUCUUGGUUUGGAUGCAUUUGUAAGCAGAAGUAAACUUAAUAGAACUCCAGAUGCAAAGACAAAUGAUUUAUCAAGAGCAUUUGUUUUGGAACCAGAGUCUGUAGCCUGUCAUGGAAAACACUUGUUUACUGAGCACAGUGAAGAGGAGGAGGAGGAGGAGGGGGAAAAGGAGGAAAAACAGCAAGGAGAGGCAGAAGAAGAAAACCUACGAGAAGAAAAAAAAGAUGGAACAAAAGAUGCUUUCUAUAGUCUGGAAGCAAGACCUGUUGAUGAAACACACAGAAUUGAUACUUGUGACGUUAGCCACGAAAAUGGUAAUGCUGUUCUUGGUGCUCCUAAAAUGAAUAUAAAUGAAUCACAUGGUGACGAUAGUGAUAAAAUGAGCAUAGACUUGAUGGAUUUCACUAGUGGGGAAACUGUGGAAGAGAAUGAUAAGAUGGCUGCUUUUGACAAUGUGCAAGAUAGCAUUGAAGGUUUGCAGGAGAUUGAGACUGACGACAUGUUUCUGGGUGAAACUCCACAGUUACCAACAAGAUCCAUGCAAAGAAUCAUCCCAAGCGCACCCGAUACCUUAGAGGAUAAAGAUGAUGAGAAACAAGUGGAAGAUUUAUCUGGCAUUACUAUGCCAACCAAUCUUCUGACUUUUUUGGAUGAGGAUGAGGGUAAUAUAGAUGAGCCGAAAGAAGAGGAAGAGUUUGUAAAGCAGAGUUCAAUAAUGUCUCAUGAUAACCAAAUAAAUGGAGAAGCUAUUUCCCACAAAGGAAUGGAACACUCAAGUGAGAAGAGCGUACUAACGCUGAAUGGACAACAGGAAACAACACAUUGGAGGCAAACCUGUGACGAGUCCAUGAUGAGUGUAGCAUUCUCAGAAUCGGAUGAAGAGCCAAGGUUUGAACCUUUGAAUGAUGCAUCCCAAGUUGAAGAUGCCUCUAUUAGUCGUCAGAAUGGGCAGGACAGUCACAUCAGUAGUGAUAUAAUAGAAAGAUUCAAGAGAUUAAAAGCUUCUUCUGUCACAAGUGGUAGCCCAUCCGAUCCAUUGAACAUUAGGGAUGUAGGUCUAGGUGAUCGCUUGGUGGAAAUUAAGUUACAAUCUGUGUCAAGUGAUACAUCAACACCAGCAAUUAGCUCUGCUUAUCUCACACAAUCUCCUAAACCAAAGUCAGAAAAUGCAUCAAAUGUGUUUUCAUUAGACUUAGACGACUCGGAUUUAGAUGUUUCUGGUGAUGAUCUUCCACUACAUAGUACAGAUCCUCCUGAAGAUGGCAUUUCAGAAGAACAAAUUACUCUUGUGGACAUUUCACUGGUAUCGUCACCAAUGAAGACUCCCAAAUUGCAGAAAGCUCAUGUUACUUUAAUGUCUGCUCAUAUGUCAGAUGAAAAAGGCAGAGGCAUAGACACAGAAGUGAUUAUAACCCCACCAACCAGCGCACAACAGUCUCCCAGACAGACACCAACUCAGAGAUCACCACCAGCAAGAUUGGUGGAACAAGAUUCUAAAAGCUCUCAGAGUGGUAGUGUAACUCCCUCUCCAAAAAUAACAAAUGGUGAAGCAGCAAGAACUACCCCACCUCCUCUUACACAGAAAGAAGGUUCCAUACCAAUGUCUCCAUUGACUUUGAAACUUCAUAGUGAUGAUGAUGAUGGAGCAGCAAACUUAGGAGAUGAGAAAGCUGAGUUUGACAUAUUUGGCUUAGGCAAUCAGUCCGUUUUAAUUCCACCCUCGCCCGGAGAAGAUCAAUCAAGGGGCAGCUCAUCAUCGCAAUCACCAAGAAUGGAGGAACUUGAAUAAACCACCCCACAGGACCAUUAGUGUACAUACAGCAUCCAGUAUUAUAAAAAGCUGAAUUGAAUUUUACUGCUGCCAAUAGGCCAUUUUUUGCUCACUGUAAGACCCUGUGUG